AUGUUAUCUUCAGCAAAUAAUCUAAUCCUCCACACAGUAUUUGCACUUUCCCUUACUCUCCUUCUUUCUUUUCUCAAGAUCCCUACCCUGUUUCUCUAUGGCCUCCACACUUACAUACACCCAGAUGAUGUAAAUCCCAACAACAACACAUCCUCAAAAGGCAUCAGAGCAGCCAUUAGAAGGCCAGGUGCACUUGAUUCUGAACAACCCAGAAAGAAAUCCAAAGAAAGAUUUGAGUUUGAUGAGAAUAAAGCUCAGAUCUUUAGAUUGAAACUCAAUGAAAGUCAAUUACAAUCAAGAAUUUAUUUCAGAGAGUAUUAUAGUGCUUUUAAUUUUACAAUUAUAGCCAUAUUAUCAUUGUUGCUUCAUAAAUUCUUAUGGGUGGAUUCGGAUUCUGGCAUUGUGAGAAAUGGGACUAUAAUCCCUAUUUUAUUGGGUAUUGUGGGAAUUUGUAGGGAUCUGUUUUUAAUUGUUAGUAUAAGUUUUGAAAGGUCUGCAUCAAAGAGAUUUGACAAGCAAUUGAGUUUCAUAUUGGGGCUUUUGGGUUUUCUUUUAGGGUUAGUUGUUGUUUAUGAUGUUGUUCCUAAGUGGUUUCUUGAUUUUGGAUUUGAAUCGUUGGAUGGGUUUGGGAAGUUUACUGUUGCUGUUUUCAUGGGCUGCCUCGUGGGUUUUCUUUAUAUACCAACAUUGAGGAAUGCUCGUGCAUUUUGGCUUGGAACCGAUCAAAUUCGAUGUAAUUUGUCUAUAAUUUCGUGUGGAUGGAUUGCAAGAAUGCUGCUUUAUGCUAAUUACUUAUCAGUCGUGUUCACUUCAUUGCUUUGGAUUAGUCCGUUUGCAGAAUUGUUUGUUAACAAGACAAUUGAUGGAAAAAAAGGGUCAUUUUUAGCCACCAAGAGUGGGGCAGCCACAGAAUUGGCUGGGAAUGUUGGCCUGUCAAGAAUGAUUUUCGAGAAAUUUAGGCUUUGGUGCUUGUUGAUUACUGGUAUUUUGCAAAUCCUGACUGUCCGCCCCAAUGCGCAGAUGUUCUUGAAUGAAGCUGUUUUGUGUUGGUACCAGAGGUUGCACGCAAGCAAGGUUCCCGACUUAGACUAUAGCCGGGCAAAGGUUUUCCUACACAACCAUUACAUAAGUCUAGUGGUUCUGCAGUUGUUUCUACCUGCUGGCAUGUUACUUCUCCUCCUUGGCUUUUCUCAAAUUGACGAUAAAUUGCUGACUGAUCUCCGAUGGAUCAGCACCAGAAUUUUCGAUUUAGGGAGGAGGAGCUAUGGCUCCGCCACCGGUGGAUCGAAACGGAGGGGAAUCGACGGCCGGCGAUAUGCCGAGAUGUGUUCCGACGCCGUUUUUGACCAAAACUUACCAGCUGAUGGAUCUGCUUUUAUCGUAUGGAAUCCUACGGAGUUUGCUAGAGAUUUACUUCCAAAGUAUUUCAAACACAACAAUUUCUCAAGCUUCGUUCGUCAACUCAACACUUACGGAUUUCGAAAGGUUGUACCUGAUCGAUGGGAAUUCUCAAACGAAUGCUUUCGGAAAGGCGAGAACAAGCUUCUGUGCGAUAUUCAACGUCGGAAAAUGGCGUCACCGUCAUCAACCUCUGCGGUGCUACCAUCACCCUCGGUGACGGUGACGGAGGCGGCAACGCAGCUGGUACAGUCUACACCUCAGCCGUGGGCGACUUCCCUGACAGAUUCAGGUGAAGAGCAAGUUCUUUCAUCGUCAAACUCCCCCCAAGUUGUUGGCGGAACGAGUGGCAGCACGACGGACCUGAUUAGAGAAAAUGAUAGGCUAAGGAAGGAGAACGUUCAGUUAAACAAAGAGCUUGGCAAGAUGAAGAGUCUGUGCAACAAUGUUUAUGUUAUGAUGUCGAAUUACGCAACGAAUUGCAAUAGCCAUGAAAAUGGCGAUCAUAAUAACAGAGUUCAAUCUACUGACCCGCUGGAUCUACUACCGGUGAAAAGAUUUUGCGAACAGUUGCAAGGCGUCGCCACUGCCUCUCCCUGCGCCGCCGCCGCUAACGGUAGCGUAGAGAAAAACAUUAGAUUAGAAGCGGAGGAAUUGAGCGCGAGAUUGUUCGGGGUGCCGAUUGGUGUGAAGCGCGGGAGGGAAAGCGAAGGUGGUUCGGUGAAGCAGGAGAUGGAAUUGCAGCUGCAGCAGCCAGGGAUGGGGGUGAAAUCUGAGCCGUUGGAUAGACAGAAUAGCGUCGAUGAUCAGGAGAUUAUGUGGUUGAAAGGCUUUGACUCGCGAAAUCAAAAGACGUGUAAUUGA